GGGGCGCCGGCUGCCAACUUCGCGCGCGGAGCUCCCCGGCGGUGCGGUCCCGUCCAGGCGGCGCGGGCGGCAUGAAGACGAGCCGCCGCGGCCGAGCGCUCCUGGCCGUGGCCCUGAACCUGCUGGCGCUGCUGUUCGCCACCACCGCGUUCCUCACCACACACUGGUGCCAGGGCACGCAGCGGGUCCCCAAGCCGGGCUGCGGCCAGGGCGGGCGCGCCAACUGCCCCAACUCGGGCGCCAACGCCACGGCCAACGGCACCGCCGCCCCCGCUGCCGCCGCCGCCACCGCCGCGGGGAACGGCCCCCCUGGCGGCGCGCUCUACAGCUGGGAGACCGGCGACGACCGCUUCCUCUUCAGGAAUUUCCACACCGGCAUCUGGUACUCGUGCGAGGAGGAGCUCAGCGGGCUUGGUGAAAAAUGUCGCAGCUUCAUUGACCUGGCCCCGGCGUCGGAGAAAGGCCUCCUGGGAAUGGUCGCCCACAUGAUGUACACACAAGUGUUCCAGGUCACCGUAAGCCUCGGCCCUGAAGACUGGAGACCCCAUUCCUGGGAUUACGGGUGGUCCUUCUGCCUGGCGUGGGGCUCCUUUACCUGCUGCAUGGCAGCCUCUGUCACCACGCUCAACUCCUACACCAAGACGGUCAUUGAGUUCCGGCACAAGCGCAAGGUCUUUGAGCAGGGCUACCGGGAGGAGCCGACCUUCAUAGACCCUGAGGCCAUCAAGUACUUCCGGGAGAGGAUGGAGAAGAGGCACGGGAGCGAGGAGGAGGACUUUCACUUAGACUGCCGCCAUGAGAGAUACCCUGCCCGACACCAGCCACACAUGGCGGAUUCCUGGCCCCGGAGCUCCGCACAGGAAGCACCAGAGCUGAACCGACAGUGCUGGGUCUUGGGGCACUGGGUGUGACCAAGACCUCAACCUGGCCCCCGGACCUCAGGCCAUCGCUGGCACCAGCCCCUGCUGCAAGACCACCAGAGUGGUGCCCCCAGAACCUUGGCCUGUGUGCCGUGAACUCAGUCAGCCUGCGUGGGAGAUGCCAGGCCUGUCCUGCCCAUCACUGCCUGGGCCCCAGGGCCUUGAAAAUGGGGCCAGGGCAGGCCCAAGGGAAUGCACAGGGCUGCACAGAAUGACUUUGGGACAGCAGCCCCGGACUCUUGCCAUCACCACAUGAGGAGCCCUGCUGGGCACAGCUGCGAUGCCAGAAGACACAUGGCCACUGGCCACUGAAUGACUGGCACCCACAAGCCAGUCAGGUGCCCAGAGGGGCAGAGCCCUGUUGGGGGCGGAGAGUGGCUUCCUGAAGGAGGGGGCAGUGGUGCGGCACCACAGCGGUGUCACACAGCAGGGGCUCAAUAAAUGCUCGUUGAUCUUGUUUU